UUGACAUAUGCUUGAUGGUUGUUUAAGUCGUUUUAGUGUUAGGUUGAGUUGAAAAAUAUGUAUAAACCAUAUAAAUUCAACGAAAAGCCCCCUAUGGGAGUCCAAUUAUAAAAGAAGAAGAAGAACUAGAAGCCAUUAAGCAAAGAAUUGGCAUGGAUCAUAUAAACCUUUGUAUGUAUCUCUGUAUUAAUGUAGAACGUUAAAUGACAAUUCAUAUGUUGUAGAAAAAAAAUAUAUUACAAAAUGGAUACGAAAGAAAUUGUUGAGCAUUUAGUUGCUUUGAAAGUAAUGAGGCUCACCAAACCGGCUUUAAUAAGUCCAAAGAUAGUGACUUGCGACUUCAAAGACUUACCUGGUAAUAUUUUAAACAAUUUUUUAAAAGACGAUGCCACAUCAAUCCUCCAACUGGAAACUGUCACAGCUGGACAAUUUCUGUUACUGCCUCAAAGUUUUGGCAAUAUCUAUCUAGGUGAGACAUUUUCUUGUUAUGUUUGCGUUCAUAAUGAAACGAGUCAUCCCGUUCAAAGUGUUUCUAUUAAGGCUGACUUGCAGACAAGUUCUCAAAGAAUUCCUUUAACAACUCAACAAAACCAGUCUCCUAUUAUGCUAGAUGUGGAUGAAACUCUCAGCGAUGUGAUUCAUCAUGAAGUUAAAGAUUUGGGUACCCAUAUAUUAGUCUGUGAAGUCACUUAUAUGUCUAAUUAUAAUACCUUGUCUUCAUUCAGAAAGUUCUUUAAAUUUGAAGUAAUGAAACCUCUGGAUGUCAAAACAAAGUUCUAUAAUGCUGAGUCAGAUGAUGUAUUUGUUGAAGCCCAGGUGCAGAAUAUUACUUCAGGUCCAAUUAUACUAGAACAAGUAUCGUUGGAGAGCUCAAACCAGUUUGCAGUAAAAUCACUUAAUGAGGACAGUAAUGGUUUGUCAGUAUUUGGUGAAGUCACAUUAUUACAGCCACAAGAGAGCUGCCAAUAUUUGUAUUGUCUCACACCAAAAGAAAAUAUAUCAAAAGAUAUUAAAUUAAUUGCUUCAGCUAAGAAUAUUGGAAAGCUAGAUAUUGUUUGGAGAUCUAAUUUAGGUGAGAAGGGUAGGUUACAAACAAGUCAGCUACAGAGGAUGACUCCUGAUUAUGGAGAUAUUCGGGUAACAUAUGAAAAUUUACCCAGUAAAAUACCAGUGGAUGAACCUUUCAACUUCAGAUGUAAGGUAGCAAAUGCAAGCGAUAGAACAUUAGAUUUAAUUCUUAAACUUAGAACACUUCAAGAUUCUAGUCUACUUUGGUGUGGUAUUUCAAAUAGAAAAUUAGGUCCAUUAGAACCAGGAAAGGUUACUUAUGUUAAUCUUACAGCAAUUCCCAUAACAUCAGGGCUACAUAACAUAACAGGAGUAUCAUUGGUUGAUUUGUUCCUCAAAAGAACCUAUGAUUACGAUGAUUUAGCUUCUGUUUAUGUUUAUUGAGCAUGAUUUUACUUUAUAAUUAUAUACUAUAGUUUU